UUGACGUACGUUGUGAGUGACGUCAGAUGUUUCGUAGGCUAUCAAAAUGAAGGUGCACACGCGGUAGCUCCAUACCUUGUAGCUGAACGUAUGACAAUGCAUGAAACUAACGUUAAACCCAGUGCAAUAUUUAUUUGCUCGUUUCCUGACUGUCAGGCGUCGUACAACAAAGCAUGGAAGCUAGAAGCGCAUCUCUGCAAACAUACAGGGGAGAGGCCAUUUAAGUGCGAGUAUAACUUGUGCAGCAAAUCGUUCUGCACGAAAUAUCAUCUUGCUCGUCAUACGCUGACACAUACCGGCGACAGACCUUACAAAUGCACGGAGGACGGAUGCAACGAAGGAUUCACCACAAACUCCAACUUGAAGAAACACAUUUCACGUAUUCAUAGACAAGAGACAAAACAGUACAUUUGCACAUUUGAAGGAUGUGGCAAAGCAUUCAAGAAAAAUAACCAGCUGAAAAGCCAUGAGUGUGCACACACCCAGCUGCUACCGUUCUUGUGUUCACAUGAAGGCUGUGGGAGACGGUUUUCACAACAUGGUAAACUGAAGCGUCAUGAGAAGGUACACAAAGGCUAUUCUUGCACUGUGGAGGGCUGCUCAUUUGUGGGAAAGAACUGGACAGAGAUGACAAACCACAAAAAAGUUCAUAUUGUCAGGGUACAGUGUGAUCAGUGUAAGAAAACAUUCAGGGAUAGCUGGUUCCUGAAGCAGCAUCAGCAUGUUCACUCUGAAGAGCGCAUGGUGUUCCACUGCCCCAGAGAUGGAUGUACCCGCUCGUACACCACUGCGUUCAAUCUGCAGAGCCACAUACUGUCUUUCCAUGAAGAGCAGCGCUCCUUCAUCUGCACUCACCCUGGCUGUGGCAAGUCCUUUGCAAUGAAGCAAAGUUUACUGCGCCAUGGUGUGAUUCAUGAUCCUGAAAAGAAACAGCUGAAACCCCGCCCAAAACGCUCCCUGGCAUCCCGUCUGAGUGGCCACAAACCAAAAAACAAACGUCAAACAAAAACUUCUAAUUCAGGUGUAUCUUCAGUGCCACAAAAUAACCAAUCAGAAACUACUAUGCAUCCUCAAUUAAUUGGUCAGUUGCAUUGUUUCAGCUCUGAAAGUUGUAAAAUUCCAAAACCAGACUUCGCAGAAACCUCCCAUAGUUCUGAAUCUGAGCCCAUUAAAUCAGAGAGCAUUGUCAGCCAAACAAAAUCUAUUUAUUCUGAACUCAAUGACCCUGCAAAUCCAGUGGUUCACCUUUUAGAACCGCUGUUAGUGUAGAGCCUAGUGAUCAUGAGUCAUA